AUGGCUUCCGGUAUUUUGGAUAAUUCGAGCGACUCUCCCGACGAGUCAAACGAUAGCUCUAUGGAAUUCUUUGUUAACGCGUUACACUUUCUUGAAGAUACGGCAACUUCUAGUGCUCCUCAAACUCGACGGUAUACGGACCGGCGUCGGGAAAUUGGUCUUGAUACUCUUUUGAACGAUUGGUUCGUUCAACAACCAAAAUACGAAGACGAUUACUUUCGAAAGAAGUUUCGAAUUGACAAGACCAUGUUUUUAGAUAUCGUGCGCGACAUUGAAGCAAACUUCCCGUAUUUCCAAGAACGUUACGAUGCAAGAGGAAGAAAAAGUUUUACGGCGAUACAGAAAUGCACAUCCGCCGUUAGGCAACUCGCGACGGGUAAUGCACCAGACGAGUAUGACGAGUAA